UAGAAGCCAAGGCAGGAAAAUAAGGCAAGUUGUCUGAGAGAGCGGCAGACGUGGUUUCAGAACCACUCCCACAACAGAAUCCCUGGUUGAGCUGCGGCUACCCUGGCAUGAUUGGGCUGUGGGAACAGACUGAAUUCAGAUCAAAAUUACCAAAACUGUGUCCAACAAUGGAUUUAGUGACGUUAGGAUUUUUGACAUUCCACUUCGACGUAACACUUGCACUGCUGCGCGAAAGCCCCGCCCCUUUCACCAUCAACAACUGGAUUCCAGCUAUUUUCGUCAACUAGCCUCGCUAGCAAGCUAGCGAUGAUUCGCAGUAGUCUUGAAAACUAUCCAAUCUUAAAUGAAAUGUAUACGCUUUCGUUAGCUUGAAUCAGACUCAGUCGACUUAGCUUGUGCCAGUAUUCAGUUUCUGCUACUGAAAGAACCAACGGGAGCAGAGAGAUCGCCUUGCAUACCGUCCUUAGCCGCCUCUGAUUUAGCUAACGGCUAACGACGUAGCUGAGGCAGAGUUAUCGUUAGCUGGCUGACAGCUGGUUUGGUUAGCUGCGAGCUUUCAGCUGACGUUAACGUAACAAAGAUUUAUGUCGCUGAAAUGAUGAAUCGUCUUUGACAUUGAGAGGACCGAGGCCCAAUUGGUUGUCUUGUUGGCGUAACCAUAGCCUUUAACCAGCAAGGUGGGUCCUGGCUGACUCCACUGUUGUCCCUUUGAAGAUAAGUGGGUGAACGACAACCUUAAUUUGCCGAUGCCCCGCUCGGUUUGACCACACGGAGCUGCCAACAUGAUGCCGAUGAUAUUGACGGUGUACCUCAGUGAUGGGGAACAGGCCGUGACCGAGGUCCCCAUCACCCCGGAGACAACGUGCCGCGAUGUCGUCGAGUUCUGCAAGGAGCCUGGCGAGAGUGGCUGCCACCUGGCUGAGGUCUGGCGAGGCAACGAGCGAGCGAUUCCAUUCGAGCACAUGAUGUAUGAACAUCUGCAAAAAUGGGGCCCUCGGAAACAGGAAGUGAAAUUCUUCCUCCGGCACGAAGAUUCACCAGCUGAGAGCAGCGAUCAAGGGAGUCAGCAAUCGCAAGACCAGAGCAGCCGUAGAAGUGGAAACACUGGAGAGAAGCACAACGAGAACGGGGUGGGGAAUCAACGUGUGGAGCUCACACUUUCAGAGCUGCAGGAGAUGGCCACAAGACAGCAGCAGCAAAUAGAGGCCCAGCAGCAGAUGCUUGUUGCAAAGGAGCAGCGUUUGCGUUACCUGAAGCAGCAGGAGCGGCGGCAGCAGCAGUCUGUUUCUGAGAGCGAGAAGCUUCAGAGGCUCAAGGAACGUGUGGAGAGCCAGGAGGCAAAGCUAAAGAAAAUACGGGCCAUGAGAGGCCAGGUGGACUACAGCAAGGUCAUCAAUGGCAACCUGUCGGCAGAGAUAGAGCAGGUGAGCAGCCUGUUCCAGGAGAAGCAGUCUGAGUUGCAGGCAGCAGUGCUGCGGGUGGAGCAGCUCAGCCUGCAGCUGGAGGAUCUGAGGCGGGGCAAGCUCAACGGCAUACAGGCUGCCUUGGGCGGCCAAGUCACUGGCACCGCUGCCCUGGAACUUCGCAAACUCUAUCAGGAGCUUCAGAUCCGAAACAAGCUGAACCAGGAGCAAAACAGCAAGCUGCAGCAACAGAAGGAGCUGCUCAACAAGCGGAACAUGGAGGUGACACUCAUGGACAAGCGCAUCAGCGAGCUGCGGGAGCGCCUCUACAAGAAAAAAGCUGAGGCACGUCAAAAAGAGAACCUCCCACUAAACAGAGCCAAUGGGCCGCCUUCUCCCCAGCAAGCUCCUGGGACUCUUGGUCGAGUGGCUGCAGUCGGGCCUUAUAUCCAGGUCCCUGUGCCAAGCAGACAGGAAGGGGGCUACUCCGUACCACCAGAUCCUCUGAAGCCUCAGACACUGGGUGUCAAUACCCAGGCCAACCAUGGCCGCUCCAAAUCAGACGGUGUGCGAAAGCCUCCCGGCCCAUGGAAGGUGUCUGAUUUAGACAUCGUGGUGGACCCGGUACCCCCGCCCCUCCCAGAGUCACACCCAGGCUCUGGAGCCUCCACUGGCUCUGAUGGCACGUCCCCUAAUGAAACUGGUUGGCCGGCUGUAAGCAAGAACAACACAUCCCUCAAGCCCCCGGACAGAAGGGACCCGGGGACUGAUGCCCAGGGCAAGAGCCCUCCCUCAGGCUCCCCUGUUGCUCCAAGUGUAGACAAGGUGCUUGACUCCAAGUUGGCCGUCUCCCCUGCCAUAUCCAAGCCGCAGCCGCCUCCCUAUGGCUCUCACCUCACCUCUACAACCUCAGGCACCUCCACUGAGCGCCGCAAGGAUGCCCCGGCCCCUCGCCCCCUCCCUAAUGCACCAGCCCCUGCUUGGCCCCGCGUCGCCCCCUCCACAGGUUCAUCCUCCCAGCAGAUCCAGCAGCGAAUCUCAGUUCCCCCAAGCCCAACCUUCCAGCCCAAUUCACCCCUUUUCCCUCCUGGGCUGAGCGAACGAUUGGAUCCCCCGCUGGCUGUGGCGGUACGGCCCUUCAUCCCAGACAGAGGGUCGCGGCCUCAGUCGCCCCGCAAGGGCCCAGCUACCAUGCACUCCAGCUCCAUUUAUCAUAUGUACCUCCAACAGGCACAUAAGAGCCAGCCACCCAAGCCAACACUCAAAGCAGUAUAUGGGAAGCCUGUUCUCCACUCCAGUUCAACACCUCCCUCGCCCCUGCCUUUCAUGCAAGGUGGGGGGGCGUUCCCCAUGCUCCAGGGCCACCCCAGUGGUGAGGAUACCUUGGAGGGAGAGUUGGAUGACCUUGACGGCUGCCAGCCAAUGGAGCCCUUGGCGCCCCCUCCCAGUGUGGAGAACAUCCCCCGCCCUCUCAGCCCUACAAAGCUGACGCCCAUGGUGCAUUCUCCGUUGCGCUACCAAAGUGACGCUGACCUGGAGGUGCUCCGCAAAAAACUGGCCAACGCUCCAAGGCCCCUCAAGAAGCGCAGCUCCAUCACAGAACCAGAAGGCCCCAGUGGACCCAACAUCCAGAAGCUGCUUUACCAGAGAUUCAACACUUUAGCAGGGGGCAUAGAAGGAAACGCGGUCAGCGGAGGAGGAGGUGGCGGCAGCGCAGGCAAUGGAACUCCAUUUUAUCAGCCGGCCAACCCUCCUGGAUAUCUGGGAGGUGAUUCUGUGGCUGACACUGACAACGGAAACCUCCCUUCUGAGACGCCACUUCCACCACCACCUGGGGCGGAGGAGUCUGGCUCCGAGCCUCCACCUCCACCUACUGAUGCUAAUGACAACCAGCCACUGCCCAUGCCGCCAGAGGGACUUGGGGACUCUGCUGAACCAGAGGAAUCAGAGGACAACAACAACAACAAUUUGGGGGGCUCAGAGGCUUUGCUCCCCAGCCCUGUGCCAGAAGUCAGCACUCCAGAAGAGAGUGGCACUGUGGCGUCGCAGCCUCUGGAGAAGCGUACAAACCUGAAGAAGCCCAACUCUGAGCGUACCGGCCAUGGCCUCAGGGUGAAGUUUAAUCCUCUGGCCCUCCUGCUGGACGCCUCAUUGGAGGGAGAGUUCGACCUCGUCCAAAGGAUCAUCUAUGAGGUGGAGAAUCCCAGUACUCCCAACGACGAGGGCAUCACGCCCCUGCACAACGCUGUGUGUGCGGGACAUCACCACAUAGUGAAGUUCCUGCUGGAUUUUGGCGUCAACGUCAAUGCCGCCGACAGUGAUGGAUGGACUCCACUUCACUGUGCAGCUUCCUGCAACAGUGUCCAUCUCUGCAAGCUGCUGGUGGAGUCAGGAGCAGCCAUCUUUGCCAGUACCAUCAGUGAUGUGGAGACGGCUGCAGAUAAGUGUGAGGAGAUGGAGGAAGGUUAUAUCCAAUGCUCCCAGUUCCUAUAUGGUGUCCAGGAGAAGUUGGGCGUAAUGAAUAAAGGAACUGUGUAUGCUCUGUGGGAGUACGAAGCUCAGAGCCCAGACGAGCUGUCGUUCAGCGAGGGGGACGCCAUCACCAUCCUGCGACGACAGGACGACAGUGAAACAGAGUGGUGGUGGGCACGCCUGGAGGACAACGAGGGCUACGUGCCCCGCAACCUGCUGGGGCUCUAUCCCAGGAUCAAGCCUCGUCAGCGCUCCCUGGCGUAGUCUCUCACUCCGCCGACCUCUGGGUAACAGCUUGGACUAGUGACAGAACCAAGAGCAGAGAACAAAGGAGCCUGGUGCUCUCUUUUCCUCGUGGCCAUAACUUCCCCUGCCAUUUGCUUCUCCCAAAAUCCUUUGUCUGAAGCACUGGGCAGUGAACUCUGAUGUGCAUUUUCACAGAACACACAUAUAUGACACACACACACACACACACACACACACACACCACAAACACAGUCAUAUGAAACAAGCACUCCAGUUGCGAAAAUCUCAUACACCACUCCAUCUUUACCCUGCUGGACCCCGACCCUUCACCCUGUCGCUCUGCCAUUGCCACCAACUUGAUUUGAUCCUAAUUCAGUGUUAGUCCUUUAUCAGACAUAAAACACUAACCCUUGUCUCAGUGUUUCUGGCCAGUGCUCACACUUCUGAAGUCAGAGGAAGCCCCAGUUUACUUAGCAUUAGCACCUAUGCAGUCAUUUCAGGCAUGGCAAGCCCAGAAGUCCAAAAUGAGGUAUGUGGUGGCAUUAGUUUACACGUCACUGUAUUGUGACCGCAGAAUCAUCUCUAAGGUCAAGAAUUUCUGUUUUGUUUUCUUUUUCAGUGACAUGUAAUUUGAAAACUAGGACAUUAAGUGUGUUUUUGUGUGCCAAUGGUGAUCCCUUUGCAGGAAAAGUACACUACUAUCUCAACAGUAUUUUUAAGACAUAAGCUGGUUAAGCAAGCUCUUGUUACAUUUUAUCUUGGACCAGUCUAGCCACCAAAGAUGAAUAUAGAUUCUAUUUCCUCUCAAGGAAUUGUUCACCUUGUUCAAAUCAGAAACCAAGCAGGAUACUGCUCCGUUCACUGGAUAUGCUGCAGUCCAUAAUGAUUAAUCGCACCCAGGAUUUGAUGAAAAGCUUUUCAAAAGUGUUGACAUGGACAAGGGCAUGGAUUUAGGAGGGGUGAAAGAAGACGUUGUCAAUCCCCAGUAGUAACCUCACAUGUGCCAAGCCAGUGUAUUGAAAUUCGCUUGGUCCAGUGACAGUCUAGCCAGCAAAGAUGAAUAUGUCUUUAAAAUCUCAUGAAAUCUUAUAAAUCUCAUUUUAUGAACGCCAUUGGAAGACUUGUAUGCUCUUUGAGUGUCAUUUCAGAAUGCUUUAAAAAUGCACAAACUGGAUGUUGGAGAAUUGUGGAUAUGUGGCAAGGACAUAAAUAAAACCUAAUAGCCAGUUAGGCCUUGUACAAGUCCCCAUUUCUCUGUGAAGUGACAUUUCAAGCUGUUGGGUAAAGAAAACACUGUAUUUGGAUGAGCCAUCCACAUAGUUCAUUGUUUCUAUUUUUGCUUGUUUGAUUAUCCCUGAGAUGAACAGGUCACAUGCUGCAGUUGCCAAAAUGUAUUGUCAUGGUAAUGGUUAACCAAUAAGAUUAGGCUUGACCCAAAAAAAAAAAAAAAAAAAAAAGGUUGCCAAACACAUUGAAUGGAGCUGUGUAUCUGCACCACAUCUGUUGAGUGUGUCCUUGGCUGCAAGCAAACAUCUUAAUUCUGGGUAUUUCAGGAAAAAGGAUUCGGGAAAUGACUCGUCAGGUUGAGUUUGGUCACCAUUUUAAUUGUAAUCAGUUCCUCUAAGCAGAGAUGUAAGGUAGUUAUUCCACAAUCUAAUUUGCUCCAUGUGGAGGAGAAUGAUGCUAGUCCUUAAUGGUGAUGGUGGGGAUCAGUUUUCUUUUUCUUUUUCUUUUUUUUUUUAUGACCUGAGGCAUUUAUUCUGCACAUUUUCAAUCAAUGCAGAUGUUCAAAGGAAAACUUAGACUUCCUCUGUGAUCCAGAGUUUUUCUACUUCGACAUCAUAGCAAGAAGACCUGGAGGCAGAAUUUUUGCACAUAGUUUAAACAAAUCCUGAUAGUGCACCUCAGGAAAAAAAAACUUUGAACCAUCUCAGAAGUUUGGUUUUCACCAGGGGACCUAACAAAGUUAAUGAGGACUUGGACAUUAAUGCUUCAUCAUCUUAAAGUCAAUGCAAUUUUCCUCAGGGAGAGGUUUUCCCCCUACAUAGGUUUUGGUUUUUGGGACCUUUGGGUCACCUUUUUCACCUCUAAAAAUUUGCAGGCCUGUGUUAAUCGUGCCUGUUUUUUAAUAUUAUCCAUUUAUUUUUGGUAGCAGUUAUAUUUAAAGUUGCAGACAUAUUGCAAUGACUUUAUUUUUGCUUUAGCAAACUUCACUGUCCUCCAUCAGAAAAGGGAGCUUUAAGAUAUUUCAGUUGUCCCAGAACCAGCAUUUCCUUAUUUUACCCUGAACAACCAUCACCUUCAUUUGAGCAAACAAAAAUGUAGCCCCAAAUUUAACUGUAUCAAUCAUGGGCUUGUACAUUUAGUGAAUGAGGAAGUGUAAUGUCUGAAAGGGAAGAGUUUCAAAUUCAGACUUCACUUCAGACAAUCCCGAACUUGUCAAGUCUUUUUCCUUAAGUUGCCCCCUUUGAACUAUAAGCCAUUCCAAUGCCACUAUUCUCUCUAAUACAUGUGUAUCUAUCACAUCAUCCAACAUCGUAAAGCUCAUCAUCUUGUUCUGAACCCUGAGUGAUUGAGUUAUUAUGCCAAGAGUGCAAGUGACCCAAGCUUUAUCAUGACUAAAACCUGUACAUACGUGUGAGGAGAUGUGAAAUAUGUUUGAUUGUUUGCUGUAUGGAGACGUGGGCUUUCUGUAUGAACGCUGUACUCACACAUCUGAUUCUGUAAAUGUGAACAAUAAAAAGGAAGCUCUGGCAUGAUGAGAAA